AUGUCGCCUCGUAAGCAACCACCCACCCUAUUCAAAUUAGCUGUUAGAAGUUCUCUUAAAUUUAUUAACGAUUGUUGUUAUGACAUCGAGAAAGAAUAUUCGGAAAACGAAUUAAAGAAAUAUAAGAGGCGCAUACUCGCGUUGAAGACUUUCCUCCUGGCUACACUACCAGCCAGGUUGUUCGAUGCACUCUGCUUGGAGAGAAAACAUAUCCGUUACCGCGGAGACCCUCGGGUCCAACUGCAUGUUCUGAUACAUCCGAGGAUGACCGUUUUCCGCAGGUCGGAAACAGACACCAGCAUCACCCAGCACUUCUGGCUGAAAACCAUACCCUGGUUCAGCCGCCUCGUCGUCCUUGACCUCAAAUUCCUUUGCACCGACGAGAUCCUCGAAGUGGUCGCGACUAAAUGUCACUUGUUGGAGGAGCUGAACAUGGUCUCUCGGGUGGAUGUGUGCAAGUCCGUCAUCAACGCUUCGGUCCUUCUGAGGAACGUGUCGGACGUAGGUCUCUGCUGCGUCAGCCAUCUCAAGAAGCUGAAGGUCCUCUCCAUGGACCCGCCUCGUCACGAGAAGUGCAGCCGUGUAGGUCGUUGCGUCACCCAGGCUGGCAUCAUCAUGCUGAUAUGCGAGCUGCCCAAACUUGAGGAGCUCAAUAUAGAAUCCUGCGACAUAGGGUCUACAUUGAUCGGUACGGGCAUCAAAAUAGGUCCGUUGAGUCUCAAGAAGGUGAACUGUCACUUCGCAUCAGCGGAUGGCAUCAGGAAGUUGAUACAAAUGUGCCCCGAUCUACAGGAGCUGUCCAUCACACACCUGACCACCAACGACAAAGAGUUGAUUCUCGCUGAGAUAACUUCCAGCAAUCUGCGUCUGAAUAAACUCAAUAUGUCUUUCUUCUCCUAUACGGAUUCUUUGCGCAAGUUGUUGCAGGUGCAGGGCAAGUAUCUGACACAUUUCUCGCUCUGGGACAUCGAUCAAUCCAUAACUAUGGAUGCAGUUGUAAACAUCGGUCUCUGCUGCCCCAACUUGACUAACUUCAGUCUGAUCACUCAGUCCGAUCAGCUGACCCUUCCCCCAUCCCUGACCCGAUCUCAUAAAAUCUUCAAGAAAAUCAGGUAUCUAACCCUGGGGAACGAGAACUUCGACCUGGAGAAGGUCAUGAUGUUUUUCUUAAACCAUUCAGAUGGGAUCGAGAGUCUCGUCCUCAAAUAUCAGGUGAAGUUACCUUUCAAUAAUGUCAUUACAAAUAUCCUAAACAAUGGUUAUUUGAACAACAUCACCAACCUGUGGUUGGAUUGCACUUUGGAUGUGUCUAAAGAUGUUGUCAUGAAACUGAUUCUCAACUGCGAUGAGCUGACAACCCUGACUGCUGACUUCGGUGAGGCUUUGGCUGACAUAGUCGAUUACAUUAACGACAACAAUCUCAAUCUUAGAUUGGGAGGCUAUUAA